AUGCCGGACGAUCUCCGAGCAUGCACAAGCGUCAGCUUGGAAUCCGUCUUUGCCAAGAUCCAGGAUUUGCCUCAGUCCUGGUUAGAGCGACCCGCCGAAGUGGGAGUGUCCAGCAUGCCGUGCGAGAUGUAUUUCACAAGCGGCACAUCCGGCCGUUCCAAGGGUGUCCUGCUGUCGCAUGAGAUUGUCCACUCACAUGCCCUUCACUGCAUUGCAGAGCACCGGUUCACUGCGGCCGACGUGUGGCUUCAUGUGGCUCCCAUGUUCCACUUGGUAGAUGCUUUUGCAAUGUUUGCGAUCACAGCAGUGUGCGGGAAGCACGUUCUGCUGCCCGGAGCGUUUGACGCAGAGCGAACGCUUGACGCCAUGUGCACGCAAGGCAUUACUGCCACAAACAUGGCCACAUCCAUGGUCAACCUGCUACUGGCCUCGCCUGCAAGUCGGUCAAUGGACGGUCGGUUUCCUAGAUUGAGGCUUGUGUCAUGUGGUGGAGCGCCGUUGAGCAAAGCUGCCCUUCUCCGUGCCCAGCGACUGUUUGGCUGUGAGUUUUUUCAAUCUUACGGCAUGACCGAAUGCUGUGGAAAAGUCUCGAUGUCCAUGCUGAACGAUCGGCAGCGAGCGCUGCCCAUGGGGAAGCAGCUGGAGAUGCUGUGCUCAUCGGGCAAGCCAUUCCAGGGCAUUGAUGUGCGGGUGUGUGAUCCGGAGACUGGUGAGCCCAUUGCUCCGAAUGGGACGGCCGUGGGCGAGGUCCAGCUCCGAGGGCCCACAGUAUUCCAAGGCUACUUGAGGCCGAAUCAGGAAAGUGCCACACAAGAUGCUGAACAUUUCUUGCCUGGCGGGUGGUUUCGCACUGGCGACUUGGCUACUCUCAGCCAAGAGGGUUUUCUGCGCGUCAUUGACAGGCUGAAGGACAUGAUCCUGGUGGGUUCGGAAAACGUUUACUGUAUAGAAGUUGAAAACGCGUUGGCUGCACAUCCGUCUGUUGCCCUGUGCUCGGUCUAUGGUGUCCCUGGACCAGAGAUGAUCGGGGAGUUCGUCAAGGCAGUGGUCAUGUUGAGGGAAGGUGCCUCUCAGCCCAGUCCAGAAGAGCUUCAGACCUUCUGCAGUACGCGUUUAGCUGACUUCAAAAUCCCGCGCAUCAUCGAGUACGUGCGGUCGAUGCCCCUGAAUGGCUCCGGCAAGGUCAUCAAAGCAGAGCUGAAGAAGCGCGAUCAAGAACCGAGACAGGAAGAAACGACGCCUGAUGAUGUGGAUUGUCAGGAUAUCAACGAGCAUUGCUACCAGGUGCAGUGGCAACGAAAGUUCCUAACGCCGCCUGCGCAGGCUUCAGCGGGUCAGUGGUUGGUUCUGUCAGCAGGGUCAGAGAGUGUCCCAGUCUCCGACGCCUUAGUAGCAGGGGUGGUGGAGCAGUUCCGCGCCAGUGGUGUGCAGGCAGGAGUGGGGCAGUGUUCCUACGGAGAUUGGCCAAUGGUACAUGAUUUUGCAGGCAUGGAGGCGCCCAGCGGUCUUUGCCUCCUGCUACCUGCAGGCAGCAUGGUAGAGCAGGGUCCGGAAGCUGAUGCAAAAGUUCGGCUGGCCGUUCAGAGAGGGCUUGGCUUGCUGCUGGCGGCUAUUCGGGCUUCUGAAGCUCGGCAGAUUCGGAGCAUCCUUGUUGCUUCGCAACAUCCACAGCAGGAACUCUUGGUUGCAGGCCGUCCCGUGGCAGUAGACCCUGCACUUGCAGCAUGCUGGUCUUUUGUCCGUGCCGCUGCCGCGGAGUCACAAGUUGCGUGGCGACUUGUUGAGCUCUGCAGCCAUGCAUCAGCUGCUGAUGCUGCCAGUACCAUUGUUGCAGAGGCACAUUCCACGAUUGCAGCGCAGGAGCCAGCAGAGCGCUCAGAAGAAGUCGUCUGGUCCCAAGGACAGCGCUUUGUCCCACGCCUGCAGCUUGCAGAGCAGGUUUCCGAGCUGGCGCAGCAGCUGCCAAGGGCUGGGUACAUUGGUCCGACUGGUGAUGGAUCCAGCUGUGUUGUUGUUGGAGGUAGUGGAAGCCUCGGUCGCUUACUGAUUUCAUGCUUGGCGAAGUGUGGCCAGUUGAGCGAUAUCGUGAUUGUAAGCCGACGUCAGGGUAGCAAAAGCACAUUCGGCAAGGAGGCGGCCGAGUCGCCUUGCCAAAUUCAGUUCAUGCCCGCGGACACCAGUGACCUUGACAGCUGCAGAAAUUUGAUGCGAAGCGUCAAGAACCAGUCCGCCCCCUGCUCACACAUCCUCAACUUGGCCGGAUUCUUGCCUGACAGUGGCAUGGUGCCCGUCGCAAAGGACCUGCGCUGGGCGGACUGUGUGCCAGUCUUGAGGCCCAAAGUGGACGGCACUUUGAAUCUAGCAACAGCAAGCGACGAAAUCUUGCAGCCGGAGACAAGCCUUGUGUGUUUCAGCAGCAUCUUCGGAGUUCUCUCGUACCCCCGCUUGGCACCAUAUGGCGCAGCAAAUGGUUUCCAAGACGGCCUGAUGGAGCUCCGAUCGGCCAGUGGCAAGGCCGCUCAGGCUGUAGCCUGGGGUGCGUGGGCAGAGACUGGAAUGGCACAUCGAGCUGGGGCGGGCUUUCAUGCAUACUGGGCAUCAGAGGGUAUGGGUUUUGUGCCACCCCGAGCAGGGAUGGAGCUUCUUUGCCGUUUACUUGCCUCCAAGAAUCGCAUCCCGCCUCAGAUCUGUGUAUUCCCCGCAGCUUCUGCAGGGCCUUGGCCUUCAGGGCUCUCACGCCAUGUGCUAGCACGUGGCAUAGCUACUGCGGAUGAAGCUGAAGUGGACAUGGAUGCUGACGAGGUUGAAGCACCUGGCCCUGCACUGGCCACGGACAUCCGCGCAGUCGUGACGGCAAUUCUCGGCAGCCUCCUUGCCUGUGAGGCAGGUGACGUCCCCAUGGACGAACCAUUUGCGACAGUCGGGGUCACAUCGAUGAUGGCUGUUGACCUCACGGCUCGCGUUGGUAAGGCUCUAUCCAUCAGUCUGCCCGCCACCUUGGCCUUUGAGGUGGUCAGCGCUGAGCAGCUGUGCACGGCCUUAGAAGCACGAUUGAAGCCAAAGGCACAGAAAGCUGAGGAGGUGCGAAUUCUUGCCCCCAAAUCGCGGCGCCGGGUAGACUUCAUCCAAACGCCGCUCUGGGGUAGUCAGGAGCUUCCACCGAGAUCUGGGGAGAUGUUUGAGCACGAGCUGCAGAUGCCAGCAGCUACAGCAAUGCCUUGUGCCUUGCAACCAGUGCGAGUGAGCAUCGUCGGGGGCGCCUGCGUUCUCCCAGGCGGACGGUUCGGGACCAGCGAGGAUGUACAGCAAGUGUGGAAGAACCUGGUCAAUGGAGCCGAUUGCAUCAUGCUCCCACCGAAGGGUCGUCCAGUGGCCGCACCACGCGAGACAAGCCCGGCCUUCGACACGCUGGGGUAUUCAGAAGCAGGAUAUCUCGGUGCAGAGGCUGUGACUUGCUUUGACCCAGCGGCCUACGGCAUGAGCCAGUCGGAAGCAGAAAUCGUGGACCCACAGCAGCGCCUCUGUGUCAGAACAGCACUUGAAGCGAUGGAGGAUGGUGGACUUUCCAAAACUCGAGGAAAUCCGUUGGGGGUCUAUGUCGGAGUCACCACGGUUGAUUUCACAGACAUCGUCAUCAAAGAGGCUGGGGCGCCAUCUGCUUACACGGGGCCUGCAUUGACGACAGCUAUUUGCUCCAAUCGUGCACCUUGGUUCACUUGGCUCUGUGGAGAUCCUGUAUCGUCCUGUUCCAUGUCCUCAGCACUUCUUGUGUGA